AUGGGAGCCGCCAAACCACCUAUGAUGGCGUUUUCCGACGUCGAUAUCGACUCAACAGAGUCUCUUGUCGCCCUAUUUCUUAUCGGGGUCCUUACACACGUUUUCAUAUUUCGAAAGGGCGAAUGGGAUCUCUGGGCGAGUGUAUUCUUAAGAAGUUGGGUCUUGUACGAGUUUGCCACACCUUGCAUCCUGAUUCAGUAUGAAAAUCUGUCGACCUGGAAGGCGUUCUCAACCGCCAAUAAGAGCCUUUUUGCAUUUGCUAUCGGCUUGACAACCAGCAUAUUAAUCUAUAGAGCAUUUUUCCAUCGCCUCAGCCGAUUUCCUGGUCCCUUCCGAGCUCGUCUGUCAAACCUCUACGCGACCAAGCUCGCCAACAAGGAUGAGCACAUGUACCUUGAGGUCCAAGAGCUGCACCGUCGAUAUGGCGAUAUUGUCAGGAUUGGGCCCACCGAGUUAUCAAUUGCGACGCCAAAAGCGUUUCGAACCCUGCACGCCAGUAACUCACCAAUUACCAAGGGGCCAUUUUAUAAUGUCGCCCAUCCCAACAUCAACCUUUUAGCAGACAGGGACAAGAAAAGCCACGCCAGUCGAAGAAAGGCAUGGGAUAGGGCUUUUACUACGAAAGCUGUGCGGGACUAUGAGCCUCGUGUGGUUAAUUGCACAAAGCUUUUGACCGACCAAAUCGAUAAAACAAUUGGUGAACCGCUAAACAUCUCAAUGUGGUUCAAUUUCUUCACAUUCGACAUCGUGGGCGACCUUGCAUUUGGUAAUAGCUUCAACAUGCUCCGCGAUGGAAUUAAACACAAAUUCUUGGAGGAAGCCCACGUGAGCGCCACACUGAUGGGGAUGUUUCGCCGGACUCUAUGGUUGAUGCCCAUCUUCAAAGGGACUCCUCUCCUGAAUAGUCAAUGGCAGUCUUUCCAGGCAUGGUUGAGAGAUACGGUCGAGAACAGACGCAAGAACAAACCAUCUCGACCGGACGUAUUCUCGUGGAUUCUGGAGGAUUAUGAAUCACUGGAGAAUCCUACUCAGCAGGACUUGAACAACCUCUAUGGUGACGCUCAUCUAAUUUGCGGUGCAGGAAGUGAUACUACUUCAGCUGCCACAAGCUGUUUGAUCUAUCUCUUGGCUCACCAUCCCGAGGUCAUGAGCAAGCUUCAAGCUGAGAUCGAUGAGUAUAAGAAGACUUACGAGGAGUCUGAUAACAUGUCUCUUGGGAAGCUCACAUAUCUGAAUGCCUGUCUUGACGAGUCUCUUCGCUUGUACCCUGUUGUUCCAUCUGGUCUCCAGAGAGUCACGCCUCCGGAAGGGAUGCAGGUUGACGAAAUUUACAUUCCUGGAGAUACCCUCUUCCACUCUCCCACUUAUACAAUGUGUCGCGACGAGCGGUGCUUUGUAGGCCCUAAUGAAUUCAUCCCCGAGCGAUGGACGUCCCAGCCUGAGCUGGUGAAGGAUGCCUCUGUCUUUUCGCCCUUCCAUAUGGGUCGUGGUUCAUGUGCUGGAAAACAGCUAGCUCUUAUGGAGGUGCGAUACAUCUUCAGCGAGAUCCUGUCUCGCUACAACAUCGAAGCUGCUCCAGGCACCAGUCCAGAGGCAUUUGUAAAUGGGCUAAGGGAUUGCUUUACCAUGGAAGUCCCUGAGCUGAAAAUGGUGUUUACACCAAGAAUUUGA